AAAAGUAUUGCAUGUUCAUCUUUCUCUAUCGUUGGAUCUCGGUUAUAGCCUGGAUGGUCAAUUUUUUAAUAAGUUUUUAAUAAUUUAGUUUUAAGGGACAACGCUAUGGCUUUAUCUACAGCUCGACCGUUAGUUUCUGUAUACAGUGAAAAAAAUGAAGAAACCGGAGAUACUGUUGCUCUUGCUACAGUAUUCAAAGCACCUAUUAGACCUGAUGUUGUUAACUUCGUCCACGAUAAUAUCUCUAAAAACAGCAGACAACCUUAUGCAGUUAGCAAAUUAGCUGGUCAUCAAACUAGUGCUGAAUCAUGGGGUACUGGACGUGCUGUUGCUCGUAUUCCUCGUGUUCGUGGUGGUGGUACACAUCGUAGUGGUCAAGGAGCUUUUGGUAACAUGUGCCGUGGUGGACGAAUGUUUGCUCCUACGCGUGUUUGGCGCCGUUGGCAUAGGAAGAUUAAUGUUACCCAAAAGCGUUAUGCUACAGUAUCUGCUAUUGCUGCUUCUGGUGUACCUGCACUUGUUAUGUCUAAAGGUCAUUUGGUUCAGGAGGUACCUGAAUUCCCAUUGGUUGUUUCUGAUAAAAUCCAAGAAUACACCAAAACUAAACAAGCCACCAUUUUCUUACAUCGUAUCAAAGCCUGGAAAGAUGUCCAAAAGGUCAUAAAAUCUCGCCGUUUACGUGCUGGAAAAGGAAAAAUGCGAAAUCGUCGUCAUGUUCAACGCAGAGGUCCAUUGAUUGUUUACAGCAAAGAUCAAGGGUUAAAGAAAGCUUUCCGUAACAUCCCUGGAGUGGAUUUAAUCAAUAUCAGGAAAUUAAAUUUAUUGCACUUGGCUCCUGGUGGUCAUGUUGGACGUUUCAUUAUCUGGACUCAAUCUGCUUUCAAAAAACUAGAUGAUCUUUAUGGUACGUGGGACAAAAAAGCAACACUAAAGAGCGGUUACAAUUUACCAUUCCCCAAGAUGUCAAACACUGAUUUAACUAGGAUUUUCAAAUCUGAUGAACUCAAAAAGUACUUGCCACCUCCAAGGACUGGAACAUUACGUCGCACUCGCAAGUUGAACCCAUUGAAACAUGUUCGUACCAUGCUCAGAUUAAAUCCUUACAUUGCAGUUCAAAAACGUGUUGCUAGCAAUGAAAACAAAUUAAGAACCUUAGCUCGUGAGACUUACUUGGCUAAGAAAGAAGGCAGACCAACUACUGAAAAGGGUGAAAAAGUGUUAAAACGAUUCAUCAAUGAAAAGAAAAUGUUGCGUGCUGCUAAACUCAAGGCUAAGAAGGUAAUUGCUGUUAAAGGUUUACGUGAAAUUCAUGAAAAGAAAUUGGAAGCAUAUAAAAAGCGACUUGCUGCUCGUGGUGGUGCUCCUCCAACUAAAAGGUGCAAAAAACAAUUGCCCAAGCCAAAACCUAAGACCAACAAGGGUAAUAAACCUACAUCUGCUAAACCUGUUGCUACUGCUACCAAAGCAGCACCAAAAGCAAAAUCAACUGGUAAAGCUAAAGCAUGAUUGGACUAAUAAACAACAUUAUUAUAAAAAAU